AUGCACUCUCGCUCCCUGGUCUCUGGUCUUCCCAGGUCUCUACCUGCCCUCCCUCCCUCGCCUGCGCCGCCCUGCAUUCCUUGUGUCGAGGGGCGGCAGCGCGCCGCUCCUCACUCCUCCUCGUUCCCUCCCACAGAGGCUCCCCUGCAGACUCUCCACCUGGACGUGUGGGGCCCAGCCCGCGUCCUUGGACAAGGCCACGAGCGGUACUUCCUGCUGGUCGUCGACGACUACACGCGUUACACCACGGUCUUCCCCUUGUGCACCAAGGGUGAGGUCCCUUGGAUCCGCACUGUUCGUCUCCAGCUCCGCGAGCGGUUCCGGUCGGACUUUCCUGUCCUGCGUCUGCACUCUAACAGAGGUGUCAUGGAGGUCGCUCGUACCUCCAUGAUCCAUGCGGCUGCCCCCCAUUUUCUGUGGCCGUUUGCGGUCCGGUACGCCGCGCAUCAGCUUAACCUCUGGCCCCGUGUCUCCUUGCCGGAGACCUCGCCCACACUGCUGUGGACGAGGGAGGUUGGCGAUGCGUCGCGUUUCCGGGUCUGGGGUGCCCGUGCCUUUGUCCGCGAUACCACCACGGACAAGCUCUCCGCUCGCGCCGUUCCCUGUGUCUUGCUUGGCUUUGUCCCUGACGCGCCUGGUUGGCAGUUUUACCACCCCACCUCGCGCCGUGUCUUUGCGUCUCAGGACGUCACGUUCGACGAGUCGGUUCCCUUUUACCGUCUCUUCCCCUACCGCACUGCCCCUCUCCCCCCCCCGCCGCUCUUCCUCGCUCCAGGUGCUCCCCAGGUAGACCCCCUCCCCGCGCCAGGUCCUGCUCCUUCAGGUGUGUCUCAGGUAGACCCUCCUCCCUUGACUGUGCCGGUUGAGGUCAUUGGUGACUCAGGUCCUGCUGAGGGUGGUCCUGCUCGGGGUGUUCCUUCUGGGGGUUCUGAGCCUGGGGGUGCGGAGCCUGGGGGUGCUGAGCCUGGGGGUGCUGAGCCUGGGGGUGUGGAGCUUGAGGGUGUGGAGCCUAGAGGUGCUGAGCCUGAGUGUGAGGAGUCUGGGGGUGCUGGCGCUGGAGGUUCUGGAGCUGCUGGAGGUCCUGGUGCUGGUGGCGCUGGAGCUGGUGGUUCUGGGGCUGCUGAGGGUGCGGGCGCUGGAGGUUCUGGAGCUGCUGAGGGUGCGGGUGCUGGAGGUUCUGGAGCUGCUGGAGGUGCUGGCGCUGAGGGUACUGGCGCUGAGGUUGCUGGCGCUGAGGGUGCUGGCGCUAAGGGUUCUGAGUCUGCUGUUGCGCGGUCUCCUUGGAGUGGCCGCCUUCGUCCCCGUGUGCCUCUCACCUCCCAGUAG